ACGUUAACAUAACCUAAAAAUAAUUCCUGUUGUCAUAAUAAUCGAAACGAAAAAGAAUCAAAUUUAUUAUUUGUUAUAUUUGUAUCAUAUAAACUAAUUCUACAAUGUCGGCACAAAGAUCGUUGACCCACAGUAAAGAGGCUUUAUUGAAAUUGUAUAGAACAAGACUGAAGGAUGAUGUGAAGAGUAUGCUAGAAAAUUUCGAAGAAAUUGUGAAACUUGCAAAAGGAGAACAUGACACCCAGUUAUCCAGGAUGACACAAUGUGAGCAAGAUACUUUUGAGAUGCAUGUCCGAGCAGCUAAUAUUGUUCGAGCUGGAGAAUCCUUGAUGAAAUUGGUCUCAGAUAUCAAACAGUAUCUGAUUUUGAAUGAUUUCCCCUCAGUUAAUGAAGCCAUUACGCAAAAUUCGAAACUCUUCAGAACAAAGCAAGCUGAAUGUGACCAGAAACUAAUGUCUCUGAGAGAUGAUAUUGCAGCAGAUUUGUAUGACUUGGAAGAAGAAUAUUACAGUAGUAUAAAUAAGUGAACUGUGAUGAUCUACAAUAUUUGUUGUAAAUAUAUCGUAUUUAUUCGAAAA